UUAAGCGCGAGUGUUAACUCAUUCGAAUUCUUAAUUUGUUUAGAGCUUAGACAGAUUAACAAAUGGUAAAUUUCGUCUCUUGACGACUGUGUAAAAGUGUCACUGUGCGAAUAUCACUCGAAUCAGUUUUGCAAAUACUUUUCAUCGAAAUGGGUCUCUUGAACGAAGGAAGUCCUCUUUCUCACGAGGAGACCAUGAAAUAUGCCCAGCACGUGAGAGAACACGGCAUUAUUCAGUACAUAAACGCUUACAAGAAAAACAAAGAUAGACAGGGCGAUGUUCUAAAAUGGGGAGACGAGAUCGAGUACACUAUCGUCAAGUAUUUCGAGGAUAAAAAGAUCGCGAAGGUGAAUUUGAGGUGUCAUGAACUCCUUUCGGUACUCAAUGAGAAGGAACGAACUCGUCCUGAAGAAAUCAAAGGUUUGUGGAGACCGGAAUAUGCCGCGUAUAUGAUUGAAGGUACUCCUCCUAAACCUUUUGGGGACCUACCGACUUUCAACACUGUCGAAGCGAAUAUGAAGAGCAGGAGGGAGGAAAUCAAGGAGUACUUGAAGCCAGAUGAGGCGAUUUUGUGUGUGACCAGCUUUCCAAGGUUAGGUUGUGAAGAUUUCACCUACCCGCCAACAAAAGUAACUACAGACAGGGGAAUUACAAGAUCCCUAUUUUAUCCGGACGAAGCGAUCAACCAAGUACAUCCGAGGUGGAAAAAUGCUACCAACAAUAUCAGAGAGCGAAGAGGAGAAAAAGUUGCUAUCAAUUUACCCAUAUUCAGAGAUGAAAAUACCAAGAUACCAGUGGACGAUUCUUUCAAAACCGAUAAAAAUGCCGUUCCUGAUUGUGUGUACCUCGACUGUAUGGGUUUUGGAGGAGGUUAUUGUUGUUUGCAAGCCACUGUUCAAGGAAGUGACAUCAAUCAGGCUAAGCAUCUUUAUGAUCAGCUGACUCCGUUUUGUCCAAUCAUGAUAGCUUUGGCUGCUUCUGCUCCAAUCCAUAGAGGUUUCUUGACAGAUGUUGACGCUCGGUGGGACGUUAUUUGCCACACUUCGGAUUGUCGUACAGCCGAAGAAAGAGGGCUCGUUCCCCUGAAGAAAAACAAAUUCGUUUUGAAGAAAAGCCGAUACGGCUCUAUAGACUCCUACUUGUCCCCUCCAGGUGAAAAAUAUAACGACAUUCCACUAACAUAUUACGAAGAAGACUUCAAGAAAUUGGUGGACAAUGGCAUCGAUCACUUGCUAGCAGGACACAUUGCGCAUUUGUUUGUCAGAGACACGAUUUCGUUGUUUUCGGAGAAGAUACACCAGAAUGAUGAAGAAGAGACUGAUCAUUUCGAGAAUAUCCAGUCAACAAACUGGCAAUCGAUGAGGUUUAAACUCCCACCACCAAACACCGAUAUAGGUUGGAGAGUAGAGUUCAGACCAUGCGAUGUUCAAAUUACAUAUUUCGAGAAUGCCGCCUACGUCUGCUUCAUAGCCCUUCUAACCAGGAUCGUCCUACAUUAUAACCUCAACUUUUUGAUGCCAAUGAGUAAGGUGGACGAAAACAUUGCUGUAUCCCAAAAAAGAGAUGCGGUUAACAAAGCAAAGUUCUGGUUCAGACAAGACAUUGGUGAACUUAACGGAGUCCUGGGAAGUGACAAAUCAACUGUCAAAGGAACAGAUGUAUUUGCCUUAAUGAGUACUAACGAAAUUAUGAAUGGAAAGAAGGGCGAGUUUCCGGGGAUUAUUCCCUUGAUGAGGAGUUAUCUGAAAUCACAGGAAAUUGACUCUGACACCCAGUAUACUUUGGAAAAAUACCUUCGGCUUAUAGAGGACAGAGCGAAUGGAAAACUAAUGACAGGAGCUGCCUGGCUCAGGAAGUAUGUCACAGAACAUCCAGAAUACAGAAAAGAUUCGAAAGUUACUGAGAGAAUAAACUAUGAUCUGUUGAAAACCAUAGAGGCUAUUCAGGAUGGAAAGAUCUCAUGUCCAGAACUACUAGGAGCAGAUCCAAGAACGAAAACUAAAGAAUCUAUCCAAUAACUGAAUUCAAAAAAUAGUUCAUUUCAUUAGUUGCAUCGUUAUUAUGAUCUAAAGAAUUGUCACCUAUACUAUAGCAAUAUUGAUUUUUGCAGGAUAUUUAGACGCUGAUUUUUAUUAAAAUGUCUAUGGAACGCC